AUGAGAGAGGUGCCGGAUCUGGUAGAUCUACGGUCCAGUUUGGGCGACAACAGUCUCCUUCUCGGUUCUCUUCUUCUUCUCUUCUCUGAGGUUGGUGUGGUUGCUAGCUGGUUCGUUUCUUCGGAUUGGUUAGGCUUGGCUCGAUUUCUGGUUCUUGAAGGUUUCUAUCUAGGCGUUCCAUCUGGUGUCAUCUGCCGUCGUCGCAUCCGAAAGUUUGUAUCUUGUCGGGUCAUGAAUCUUUGUUACUUGUUUCUGAGAGCUUCUCUCUCUUCGUUCCAGGAGGAAGUGCAUCUUCGUUGGUUGGCCGUGGGCAUCUGCGUUUUUGUCGUCUAUGGGAUCUUUUGA